CGCACCUCGUGUCCCGUCUCGUCUCGUCUCCUCCGCCUUCCCGUCCGUCCAGCCGACGCUUGGUACCGGCGGAUUAGCAGGGCAAACUACCCACGUCGCUUUUCCCGGCCUCGUGCUAACGCCAGCCGGCAGACCAAGCAAUCGGCUUGCUACGCUAGCGGCAGGCGGCGAAAGCAAUCGUGGCCCUUUCCUCCCCGCGAUUCCACCCUGACCCCAAGGUUGGGUAAAUAUUGGAAGGAGGCGACGGUUUGGAAUCGGCGACAGGUGCCCGCUUUCUGGACGGAGGGCGGCGAGUGGUCGGGCACAAUGGAAAGGAAAAACAAAGGAAAUGCUGCGAUUCAGGAGGCAGAUUCUUUGACGAUGUUGAAGUCCCUCACAGAUCAAAACAGGGAUUCUUUCAGCCUGUUUUUGGCUGCUUGUAAGGACAUGUUAGAUGACAGGAAAAAAGCCAUCGAUGAGAUGGGCUUCAAAAGCCUUCGGAACAUCAAGUGUGACACCCCGUUCAACCCCCUUAGUCAGUGGCUUGUUGGUCUAUAUGACCCCGAUUCCCGUGAGGUUGUCAUUCCAGGUCGGGGGAGGAUUCUCGUCAACGAAGAGUCUGUCCAUCGAAUAAUGGGUGUUCCUCGUGGUGGAGAUGAUGUUACGUACAGUCUGCCUACGCAAGCCGAGCUUCAGCUUGCGGGUGAGUUGUUUGGUGAGCUUGGAUAUGCGCCAAAAAAUGAAGAACUCCUUGAUCUUAUCAUGAGUUCAAACAAUUCCGACACCAAGUUCAAGCGGAUGUGGUUUAUGCUCGCCUGUAAUACUGUCAUAGCACCGACAACCUCCAACAAAGUCAACACCAGGUGGUAUGCUAUGAUGCAAGACAUUGACAAUGUAUGCAACCUCAAUUGGUCCAAGUUCAUCGCUGAUGAGCUACACAAGGCGCUUUUAGAGGGCAAUCCUACGAAGGGUUGCCUUCUCUUCUACAACCUUCUGUACAUUGAUGCUAUUGACCUUACUGGUCUUGGUAUUGUCUUGCCUGAUGGGGCUUUCGCAAUUAAUGUCUGGACAAAUGAGCUGAUAUCUGAAGUGCUUCGUAAGGACAUUCAGACGGACAACACUUCUUAUGGGAAACUAGUGCUAAAACCAAGGUUUGGAAUGGAUUUGUGUUUGUUUGGUGGUUUUCAAGGUCUUGAUAAAUUCAUGCGUCUUCACUCUGCGCCAAACUGCAGUAGCCAGAAAUUCGACGAAGCUUCUGCACUUGUGGGCCAUUUUUCAUCACGUAUGAUGGGCCUCCUGGGUAAGCUUGUGCAUGGUUUAACUUCUAUGGAUGAUGAAGGUAGUGCGGAGGUCUCUUGCCACUUAGAGACCUGUCUUAGGGGGCUCUCUUCUGCUAUCCGCAAUACUAGAAGGACCCCUCCUUCAGCCCGUCCCCGUCGAGAAAACAUUCUUGGCAAGCAACCUGUUUAUGAGUCAUACAUUAAUGAUCAAAGCCCGGGUGGCGGUCGUGGCGGCUGUGAGAACGACGAUAGCGACUCCGAUGAUGAUACAUAUUAUCGAAUAGUUUAUCAUACUGAAGCAGAACCCUAUGAUGCUUCAUGCAGUGGGGAAGAUGUAGAUGCUCGGAAUAGUGCUACUACGAAUGCAGAUGUGUCGGCCAUCAGAGGAGCAAAAGAUGAAGGCACGCCAAUUUGUGUGGGGGAUAAACUUGUUCUCGAGUCACAAACUAUGUUGACUAAACCUUCUCGCACCACAUCAGUUGAUGAACGGGAAGGCAUGCUUAACCAGCUAGAUAUGAUAGACACACAGGUUGAGGUGGCCCCUGUAUCUUCCUUGAAGAGAUGCAGUGCUUCUAUUGUGAAGCCUCUGGAUAUGACUUACACGAGGCGCAAGAAAUGGAGGCUACUUUCUCCGCCACAACCAGUUGCACCAGUUCAUCCCACCCUUCUAUCGGAUAGCGUUGCCUUCCAAGAGCUUGGGGUUCAUUUACCCGAUAAAGUCGUUGGUGAAACCAUUCCACCCGCCAGUCGGGAGAAGCAAAAUUCGCGCAGAUGUAUCAGGCAGAUUGGCAUGCCUAAGGCGUCAUCCAAUGCCUCAGGAGCAAGCAGGUCUCAUGUAAGCACCCCGACAGAUAAUAAGUCAUGUGAUAUGACAUCAAGCCAGAAAAAGGUAAAGAAGGCAGUGAGGAAGGUCUCUAUUAGCAAGAGUAGGACUUCUACUCGCUUCAGAGCAAUAUCAUCACAGCUGCCGCUGCAAGGAGUGGUUGGUAUUGAAGGACCUUCCAAGGCGACAUCUUCAAAUGAGGUUGCACAAGAUGGUGUAACGGGCUCCUCAGCUUCUUCCAAAGCUGCAACAACAUAUGAAUGUGCAACUGAUGUUCCUGUGGUCGAAGUUGUACACCAGUUGUCUGCACGGACAACCAUCGCUACUGUUGUAGAAGACCUUGUUGAUGUGGCUGUAUUCACUGAAGCUAAAGCUUUAGGAAGUGUUACUGUGCCCCCCAUUCUAGACGCUACUGAAGCUCAAGUGAAAAUCCAUGCUACAGAGGGAUGUGUUGGUGAGCUUGUUGAAGUGCAAGAUGUGCAAGUUUCUACCCCAACAUCAAUUGUUAGUGAAGACGAAGCCAGUAACAUCCGAAAAUUCUAAUUUUAGAAUGUUACUUAUUCAAAUGGAUGAAUUAAAACUUUCUUGUGUUAGAUACUUUUAUUUAAAUUUUUACUUGGAUUUGAAAUUAUUGGAGUUUAUUUAAUAUUCAAAUGAGAGGGAAUAAGAGGUAGUUCCCAAAUAUUGAGUUGGAUAUUUAAAUUGGACCUUUCAAAUUAUUCAAAGCAAGGCAAUUUUAUGAUAGGAGAUAACAGGACUUGUCCCCUGUUAUAUAUAGUCGAUAAU